UUAUGUUUCCAAGGUAAGGACAUGAGGUCGGUGUUUAUAUAAACUCCUCAUGUUAUACACCAUGAUAAUCAUCUUCAUAUACUUUCCACUUUGUGUCUAAGCUCCACCACAAUUUGAGAUGGCUACCCAAGAAAUACCAUCUGACAAAUACAGAUCUUUCUUACAUGAUGAGGCAGAUACAACCCAGUGGAGACAUGGUGGACCACCCACCUAUGAUGAUGUCAACAAGCUCUUUGAAGAAGGCCGAACCAAGGAAUGGCCAGAAGGAUCGUUAGAGGAGACAGUGCAAAACGCCAUAAAAUCAUGGGAGAUGGAACUCUCCCACAAGACCCGUUUGCAGGACUUAAAGACCAUAAAUCCUGAAAAGUUUAAGAUCUUUGUUAAUGGGAGGGAGGGAUUAUCUGGAGAGGAAACUCUAAGCUUGGGAAGUUAUAAUGCUUUGUUGAAAAGCUCCCUUCCAGAUGAAUUCAAGUAUUACAAAGCUGAUGAAGAGACUUUUGAAUCAUCUCAUGAAGCCUUCAGAUCAGCUUUUCCUCGCGGAUUUGCAUGGGAAGUGAUCAAAGUUUUUACUGGACCCCCUGAAAUUGCUUUCAAGUUUAGGCACUGGGGCUUCUUUGAGGGUCCUUUUAAGGGACAUGCUCCUACCGGGAAGAUGGUUGAAUUCUAUGGCUUGGGAACUCUCAAGGUUGACAACAAUUUGAAAGUGGAAGAGGUGGAGAUUUAUUACGACCCUGCAGAGUUACUGGGAGACCUUCUCUCUGGGAAGCACAGAGAAGAUAACACCAAAUCUUCAGCAACUUCUCAAGGAUGUCCUUUCUCCAAAUAAUCACAAUAAAGAUUUAACUGAAAAAUAUCCUUUAAUCUAGCUUCAUAUGUUUGAAACCAUGCAUGGGUAGAACCGAAAUUAAAAGAAAAAAAAAAGACUACUAUUAUAUAAUAAAAUAAAAUAAAAGUCCAGUGUGGUCCAGAUUCUUGCUUUAUUUUUAUUUGGUAAGCAUUUUUACAUUAUAUAGUAUAAUAAGUGCCGGUUUGGCUAUGCUAUUGCAAUUUAAAUUUUCUAGCAAAAUGAUGAUGUUUGACCUGUCAGCAACAUGUUUGCUUU